CUUUGGGCCGGCUUGGGUCGGGAUUUGCAGAUGAGAGGAGUCUGGCGCCGCCGCACCUCUCACCUAAAUACCCGGGCCCCUGGGGUUGCAGGCAGGGGCGGGGCUUUGGGGUCAGAUUUGAGGAGGGGGGUCUACUUCGAGGUUUCCUCCCUCGAAGCCAUUCCCCAAAAUGAGCUUUUCCCGCCUGUCUGCCCUACCUCCUCCCCUCGUCUUGUUCCCAGGAGCCCCUGACCCAUUCUGGGUUUUUGUUUGUUUGUUUGUUUUUGUUUUUUUUGAGACGGAGUUUUGCUCUUGUCACCCCUGACCCAUUCUUUUUAUUCUUCUCUACAGCACCCAUUCAUAUAUUCAUUCAGUCAGCUAAUUUUGAAUCCAGCACAUACUAUUGCAAGCGCUGUUUUAGGCGUUGAGAAUACAACAGUGAACAAGACGACAAAAAUUCCUGCGCUCACGGAGCCUAAAAGCCUACAUUUUAGCGAGGGUAGAACGACCAUAAACAGUGUAUAUAUUAAUAAGUCACUUAUGCACCAUAUUGGAAAGUGAUAAAGCGCUAUAGAGAAAAAGAAGAAUUCACGUAAAGCAAGGUUCUCAGUGACUCCCUGUUUUUUUCUGUGGUCACAUUCCUCUUUUCCCUUCACCAAAUAUGCAAGGAAACAAGAAGUGAGAUCACAGCUGGUUUAGUGUUGCUAAUGAAACCCAAAUCCAGGGCAGUGUUUGACACAUUAAGCCAAACAGCAGCUGCCCUGUGGGUCAGAAGGGCCCUUUGGCUGGCACCACCAAAAUAUGUGUUCUCCAAAGGAGGCUGGCAUCAACCGGAGCCACUUCACAGCUUGUUUGAGAACUGGAUCUGACCAGUAGGAAGAAACCAGGACAGCAGUGGAAGACUGUUAAAGAAACCUGGGUAAAAAGAUGCAGGAGGUAAGAAGAGGAGGGUCUGUGAUAUAUCACAAGGAGGAAGAAGGAGAAGUGAGUCCAAGAAAGAAGGAAAGCAAUGUUGUGCUGUCAGAUGAGAGUUCAGGACCACCAAGCCAGCUGCUUUGGACCCCCCAGAAUACCCAGCUCCCUCAGGAAAGAGCUCUAUUACCUGCCCAGUGUCCUGCCUUCACUAAAGAUGGAAGCCAAGGAAACCUGCUGCAAGCAGAUAUCACACUGAUGAGCCAGGCCCAAGAGUCAGUGACAUUCGAGGAUGUAGCUGUGAACUUCACUAACAGGGAGUGGCAGAGUCUGACCUACGCUCAAAGGCAUCUCUAUAAGCAUGUGAUGUUGGAAAAUUAUGGGAACAUGUUAUCACUUGGAUUUCCAUUUCCUAAACCUCCUUUAAUCUCUCAUCUGGAGCGAGGAGUAGAGCCCUGUGUGCAGUAUCCACAGGACGGGGAGUCCCUAAGCUGCUCCUAUCCAGUGUCAACUGAUAAGAUGUGGCCUGAGAAUGAAAAGGCAAGUUCACAACAACAGAUUUUUGAAAAUGAAGAAGCCUACUGGAUGAAAUCUAACAGUCUCCUAAAAGUUGAUUCCCAGGAUCCUGAGGUUAGAGAAGUUUGUGUUCAGGAAGUCAAAUUAGAGAAUCAAUGGAAAACACCUAUAAGGGAGAAACUGAGAGAAGAGAAAGAAGGCUCUGAGGAAGUAACCUGCAAAAAAAGAAAGAACCAGAAGGUGCUUAGAGAAAACCCGAAUCCAAACUCAAAAUACAGUCGAUGUAAUAGUACAGCACAGAAACUCCAUGAAUGUGCCAGGUGUGGCAAAAACUUCAGUUGGCACUCAGAUCUAAUUCUCCAUGAGCAGAUUCAUUCUGCUGAGAAACCCCAUGGGUGUGAUGCGUGUGGGAAAGCAUUCAAGACCAGAAAUCAGCUUUCUGUGCACCAGAUAAUCCACACAGGGGAGAAACCUUUUAACUGCAUCCAGUGUGGGAAGGCUUUCAACAGUAGAUCGGCUCUUUGCCGACAUAAAAAAACCCACAGUGGGGAGAAGCCUCACGAGUGCAGGGACUGUGGGAAGGCCUUCAAGACCAGGAACUGUCUGUGUAUGCAUCAGCUCAUCCACACUGGAGAGAAGCCUUACGAAUGUAACUGCUGUGGGAAGGCCUUCCAGUUUAAGCAUUCCCUUACCAUCCAUGGCAGAAUCCACACUGGAGAGAAGCCAUAUGAAUGUGAGGAGUGCGGGAAGGCCUUCAGCGGGAGUUCAGACCUCACCAAACACAUAAGAAUCCACACUGGGGAACGACCUUAUGAGUGCAGCGAGUGUGGAAGGGCCUUCAGUCGGAGCUCAGACCUAAGCAAGCACAAACGAAUCCAUAUUAGGGAGAAACACUAUGGGUGCCCCCAGUGUGGAAAAGACUUCAGCAUCAAGGCAGAACUCACCAAACACAGAAGGAUGCACACUGAAGAGAAACGUUACAGGUGUGAGGAGUGUGGGAAAGCCUUUCGUCAUAACUGUAAGCGCCGGGCUCAUGAACGAGAGCACACCGGGGAGAAGCCCUAUCAAUGCGGAGAUUGUGGGAAAACCUUCCAAGACCGGCACUGCCUUACCAUCCAUCAGAGAAUCCACACUGGAGAGAAACCUUACAAAUGUUUAGAGUGUGGGAAAGCUUUCGGUGGGAAGUCAAACUUGACCAAUCACCAAAGAAUUCACACGGGAGAGAAGCGUCACAAAUGUGAGGUAUGCGGAAUGGCCUUCCAUCAUAGUUCAGUCCUGAGGCAACACAAAAGAAUCCACACUGGUGAGAAGCCAUACACCUGCAGUGAGUGUGGCACGUCCUUCCGUCAGGGCUCAGCUCUGAUUGGACAUAAGCGAGUUCAUACUGGAGAGAAACCUUAUGAAUGUGAGGAGUGUGGAAAAGCUUUUAGAGUGAGCUCAAAUCUUACUGGACAUAAGAAAAGAAAACAUCAAGUAUGGAGAACCCAUGAACUUGAUGGGAGUAGGAAAUCCCUCUCGCCAGUAACUGUUUCUCAGACCUCAGCAGUUAGUAUUUUGACCAGUGCCUGAGUAUAACAAUUCUGGUGUUACUUUCUGUUUUUCCUACCUCGUAGGCUGGUCCUUCUGUCUCCUAUAUUAGUUAUUCCUGAUUUCCUGACCCUUAAUUGUGAGAUUCCCCAAAGACAUUGUUCUUUACCUUCUUAUUCAGUAUUUUUUCAGUGAGCACAUUUACUUCCAAGAGUUUAUCAAUCACUUCCUAAUAAUAAUAAACACUUAUUAGUGCUU